CUCGAAAACCGAGUGCGCGCAAUUCUAAAUUUAGAAGGCGAGACACAAAAAAAAAAAAAAAAAAUGUUAUCGGUCAAAAACCUCCCAUCGCGCGUUUUUAUCUUUUCUCCGGGUCUCUCCUGUCAUUCCGGUAUCAUCACUUUUACCUGAUUCACGUUUCACACGUAUUUCCGCUCUGCACGGUUUCUUUCGUUUCGUUUUCAGAAUACAAACGGGAUAUAUAGGGUAUAUAUCUAUCUAUCUAUACGGGCAUAGAAAUCGAAGUUUCUUCAAGUUCCGUCGUCGUUCUUCCUUUUUCUUUCGCGGCUACUUUCAUUGGACUCGAUUCUCGUGCGUGUCCGACCUAAAGCGCCGACGCCGCGCAAUCCAAUUGCGCCUUUUUCUAGAAAGAGAAAGAGAUAGAGAGAGAGAGAGAUGCCAACAUCGUGCAACAUAGUUGCCUGCGCGCGCGGUGCUCGCUUCGCCCUUAUUAUUUCCGUUAUUGCUCGUGGACACAUGCGUGUAAACACGGUUGUCUUUGUGCGGACACACGUCGAUCUAUCUCUAUCGCGCCUCGUCGUUCUCGGAGCGGCGCGUGAGAACGAGUUUUAUUACACGCACACUGGGAUUUAAAAAUGAAAACUCGCCGCCGUCGUCGCACGUGUAACACGCCGCCACAUGCACGCGACAAGCAGCACAACGAUUAGCGGGGUUCGAGAAUGUGGACUGUGCUUAGAAAUAGAAACGAACACUGCGCCAGGAUGCCUCGGGUAAGGAGACAAGUGAUCCUCGAGGAUCCAGCUAGGCCUGUCACACCGGAUAUGGCGGAAACCAAGCUAAAAACCGAGUUUUUGGAUGACGGAUCCUUGGACGAGGUUCAGCAGAAAGUGGUAGAGGAAACACCAAGCCCACAUUUGCAGGAUCAUCAAUAUGGGCAAACACCUUGUUAUCAGAUAACGAGGAAACCAACACAACCACCACCACGAGCUGAGAUAUCAGUUCAAGCGGUAAAAAGAAGACUGAAUUUGGAAGUGGGAACAACUGGUCCUAGCCAGUCCGCUUUCAAGGCGCCGAGAGGUAAACGCCGAAGAUCCGGCUCGAAUUCAUUGACCGGUCACACACCUACCAAAAGUAAAACUGUAGAAAGGACACGAUACGACACAUCGUUGAGUUUGCUCACGAAGAAGUUCAUCCAUCUGGUGGAGAGUAGUCGAAACGGGGUGGUAGACCUGAACAUUGCGUCGGAAAAGCUCGAGGUGCAAAAGCGUCGUAUAUACGACAUCACCAAUGUCUUAGAGGGCAUUGGUAUCUUAGAGAAGAAGAGUAAAAACAAUAUCCAGUGGAAAGGCGGUCAGUUACCGAACAAUCGGAACGAUAUAGCCAAUCUUAGAAGAGAGGUCGCGGACUUAGAAGCUAAAGAAAACACCUUGGAUCGACUGAUUCACGGUGCCGAUAAAAAUCUACGCGAACUCUGCGCGGAUAGACAAUACGCUUAUGUAACGUAUCACGAUUUACGUUCAGUCCCAAUGUACAAAGACCAAGCUAUUAUGGCUGUGAAGGCACCGCCGGAAGCCACCCUCCACGUCCCGCAACCCAUCACCAAUGGUCAACAAAAGCUUCAAAUGCACAUGAGGUCGGAAAACGGAGAGAUAGAAGUGUUUCUGUGCCCCGACGAUUCCGCGGUCAAAACGUCACCUUAUUCCGGGUACGCGACGACGCAAUCUGUGCCUCAAUCAAAAGAAUCCGAUAUAUCCUGUUUGCCUCCCGAAUUGUUGGUUAAUAGAGAAAGCGACGCGCGAGUCGUCGAUCCAGUACCUUACGAGGGUUCCAUGAACACUCGUCCAUGUAGUCCUAUGUCUACAGUUACCGGUAUAAGCAUAAAGGACGCGUUCCUAGGCCAAUCCGACGAUUAUGGACCAAUGUGCGGCAGCAAAUACCAACCGGAGGACCAACUCGGCACAGAUUUGGGUAUUUUCGAUUUUGGGGAACAACUGCUGAGUUUGGAGCCGCCUCUCUCCGAAAACGAUUACUCAUUCUCAUUAGGCACCGAGGAAGGUCUUUCGGAUCUCUUCGAUUUCAAAUUCUAGGAAUAUACGUCGCUGAUGGAAGAGCGUUCUCGCCUCUUCGGGCUAAUAUUCUGAGUUUGGUAGUCGAACAAAAAAAAAAGAAAAAAAAAUGAAACCGCUCAAUCGGUUUCGACAAAUGCGCCUUCGCGUUACACAACGGUGGUUGGCAAUUUCGUUCCGCGCGUCUAUCUUUUUUUUUUUUAGCAAAGAAUGACGAGCACGUGUAAAAUCGUUUUUAUUUAUUUAUCGUUUUUCUUCGAUCAUAAACAACCUCUAGAAAUUUAUUAUUUACAUUUGUUUUACGUGUGAUAAUGUUUGAGACUCCCGGAUGCUCUUUGGCAAUUAUUAUUGAAUUUUAACGUCGAAAGCGAAAAGUCUCUCGUGUAUAAAUUUGUGUCGUGCAAUUUGCAAUCAAAAUAAACUAUGUUUUUUUCACUUCCAAAAUGCAGAAAUGUGGAUAUAAAUUUUCACACUUCAAACGUGCACAAAAGUUCCAAUCAAAACAGAUGCAAAUUUAAAUCAGUGAACCUGGAACGCGAAAUUCGAUUGAUUUUGUCACAAUUUACGUUUUUCUGAUAUACACAAACGACAUGUAAAAAUGUUUAUUCUUCAUUGUGUAUAAUAACAAAUUGCACGACAAAACUACACGGUUUGUUGCUUCUGACGUCACAGUUCAACAUGACGGUAACCAUGAGUGUCCGGAAGUGUCUUAAGAAAUAGAAACAAGACGAUUAAAAUAUGCAUGACGCAAUUUCGCAAAUUUAUUAAAGAGAAAGAGAGAAUUUAUAAUACGAUGGAUUGUACAUAUAAAUUAACGGAAUGGAUUAUAUUUUUCUGUAAACAGAGAGUUUUACUAACCGAUCCAUCAGAUUCAUCUGUCCCGUGCAAGAAGGGGAAUGACUCGCGCGCUGCAAGAUUUUAAUAUUCUCUGUUUCUUUUUUCAUGUGUACAUAUACGCGUCCUUAUUUCGAAAUGUACCUUAGCUAUAUAAUGUUUUUAACUGCUUAUUUUGCGGAUCUUGAACUCUCGCAACCGGAGAAGCUGAGCCGCGAGGCACAGGAAAAACAUAUCAAAUUGUUAACACGUGCUUCCGGCUUGAUAAAGGGUCUGCGUUGAUUACGUUUGCGGAAGGAAUUGCGAAGACUUAAGUCGAGGAAGAAGUUGGAAAGAAACAAAGAGAGAAAGAGAUAGAGAAGAGAGAAAAAGUGCAAGUGAGAGGAGAGGAGAGAAAGAAAGAAAGAAAGCGAAAGCGAGAAGAAGGAGGCGGAGACGCCCCGUUUUGUGCAAUCUGUAAUAAAUAUUGUAAAUUGAGCUAAGCGAUAGAAAAGAGAAUGUUCAUAGAGAGGAGAGACUGUACUCGUGUCGGACAACGACCUAAUUGCUUUUUGUAGUUGUUUCAAUUGUGAAACGAAUGAAACUAGGAUGCGAGCCUGGGGGGAGGUGGCGCACCACCGAGCGAACGAAUGACAAAAACCUUGUCGCGAAUUUUUAACCGAUCGCGUUAAAUCAAUUCGGCUAUUCGAAUGCUGCUCGCAUUCCUUGUUCGUUCGCCAAAAUAAGAACUCGGAUUUAGAGCGAUGUUCAUAAUUGUUUCGCGUGAACCGAGUGGAAAAUU